UCACGGCUUGUGUAGGGGAGUAUAGGCUGUGUUGUCAGCCUGGUGUCAGUCUGAUGAAGAUUGGCAUUCAGACUGUGUGGAGGGCAGCGCGCCGGCGGACAGACUCCAACAUCAGAUGCGCUGAUGCUGAGAACAAGCAAACUGGUCUCCAUGUGAAGCUAUCCCAUGAUGCAACAUGUGUCCCCAGCACCAGCAUUGACCAUGAUGGCCACACAGAGCGUCCCUCCACCAUCAUACCAGGAGAGCCAACAGAUGACAGGCACUACUCAGCAAAACUCAAAGGGCCAGCAUGUGCACCUCUCUGCAGCGUCAGCAGGAGGAGCCGCUCCGGUCAGCGUGACUCUUGACCCUCAAGCCCAACUGGAGUCUGACAAACGAGCCGUUUACAGGCAUCCUCUUUUUCCUCUUCUGGCGUUGCUGUUUGAGAAGUGUGAACAAGCCACGCAGGGCUCAGAAUGCAUCACAUCCGCCAGCUUCGACGUCGACAUCGAAAACUUUGUCCACCAGCAAGAGCAGGACCACAAGCCUUUCUUCAGCGAGGAUCCUGAACUAGACAACCUGAUGGUGAAGGCCAUCCAGGUGUUGCGGAUCCACCUGCUGGAGCUGGAGAAGGUGAACGAGCUCUGUAAAGACUUCUGCAACCGCUACAUCACCUGCCUCAAGACCAAGAUGCACAGUGACAAUCUGCUCCGAAACGACCUGGGCGGCCCGUAUUCUCCAUCCCAGACCAGCCUCGGCCUGCAGCAGGACCUGCUUCAAAGCUCAUCCCCAUCGCUCACCUCCGUCUCCAGCACAGUGAACUCCUCCGGGAUCGUAGUCCCAGCCGGUCCCCUGCAGCAGAACAACAUCUCCAUGACCACUAUCAACUCUCAGGUGGUCUCAGGUGGGACGCUGUAUCAGCCGGUGGCAAUGGUUACCUCACAGGGGCAGGUGUUAACACAGGGGUUACCACAGGGAACCAUCCAGAUCCAAAACAAUCAGGUGAAUCUGGACUUGUCCUCACUCUUGGAUGGCGAUGACAAGAAAUCAAAAAACAAAAGAGGCGUCCUUCCCAAACAUGCCACAAACAUUAUGCGUUCCUGGCUCUUCCAGCAUCUCAUGCACCCUUAUCCAACAGAAGAUGAGAAAAGACAGAUUGCAGCGCAAACAAACCUUACCUUAUUACAGGUGAACAACUGGUUUAUCAAUGCCCGCAGGCGUAUUCUGCAGCCCAUGCUGGAUGCCAGUAAUCCUGACCCUGCUCCCAAAGCCAAGAAGAUGAAAUCUCAGCACAGACCCACACAGCGCUUCUGGCCCGAUUCCAUUGUAGCUGGAGUCCUGCAGACACACGGCACAAACAACUCAGACAACUCUCUUGGCAUGGACGGCCUGCAGCCUCUGUCCUCAGACUCGGCUACGCUGGCCAUGCAGCAGGCCAUGCUGGGCGGAACCGACGACUCCAUGGACGGCACAGAGGAGGAGGACGAGGAGGAGGAGGAAGACGAGGGACUCGAUGAGGACGACGACGAAGAGGACGACGAAGAACACGAGGCGAGCAGACAGAUGAUCAGGCGAGAUCUGGGCCUCAAUCACAAUGAAGGACUCGAAUAAAGAAUGAAAAAUAGCAUAACUGACUUAACUCUUACUCAUCACCAUGCAAAACAUCUCAACGCCGCACAAAUGGCUCUCAUUGGACACUAAGUGCCAUGGAGCACCCAAUCAUAAUGAAGGGGAGGGGCCUACCAUUCUGGACUCCAAAAUUGAUGGAACAUUGUAUAUUGGGCCGCUUUACGCAACCGGUCAUGCUACUCUCAUGCAUAUAAUCCAUUUAAGCCUUACUUUCUUUAAAUAUGUCUCUUUGGUUCUCAGGUGUCUUAGCAUGACAUUAUGUCUACCCUCAUAUUUAUAACCAUGCAAUGAGUGGAUGUUUUAGGCAUGUUUUUUUAUUAUUAUUAUUAUUAGUUUCAUUUUUUGUAGAGUUAACAAAAUAUUCAGUCUUGGAAGUUAAACAAACAGAAAAAAAGAAACAAUCUAAAUGCCUGACAGCACAAUGUAUGUACAUUUGACAGUGAUGCAUUUUCCCCCCCUCAGACGCUUCAUAUUUAUUUUGUAAUCUGUCAGAAGGCUGUGGCACAAUCAACAAAGGAUGCCGUCCGCAAACGCAUGUCGGGAGACUCAGAGUGCCAAGCAUCUCUUCCAUAGCGAGGAACAAAAAACUCUCUCCGAAAUAUGUUUGGACCUACAAAUGACGUUUACUGAAGAACACUGCAGGAAAAACAAAAAGACAUAUUUACAGGUGCGUAUCACACCCUGAAACGCCCCUGCUUUAUUUUAUGUGAAGGACGAAACUAAACAAAAAAAAAAAAACUGUGAAGAUAUUUCUGAGCUGUAUCUACGGAUCUACAGAAUCACCUGUUUCUGAUAUGUGAUGUUUAGAGAAGACAGAGGAUGUUUCUGAAUGUUAUUACAGUUGGUCUUUGUGAAGUACAUGUUUCUCAUUAUCCUUUUCUUGGUUGUUGUUCUUUUUUUUAAAUGGUUCUUCCAGAGCAAGUGAUGAUAGGGGAGCUUUUUAAUUAUUUGUUUGUAUACAUUGUUGUCAUAAUCUAUUGUGUUUCAGUAGACCAUUUUGAUAAUUAAAAACGUUGAAACUUUAAAAACUUAAAAA